GCCUAGGGAAACCACUGGGCCCAGAGAAAGACCUGUGAGUGUGCAUGGUGCCAUUUUGUCCCAUGGCUGAAGAUGGUUUGCCAAAAAUUUGCUCUCAUCCUCCAACAAAAAGCAGCAAAACAACAACUGAAGCAACCAUUUUAUUUGGGGAUGACAACACUAUUCCUAAAUCAGAAACAACUAUGACCUCAGAAGGAGACCACAUUACUUCAGUAAAUGACAAUACACUAGAAAGUGAUUUUUCAACAACAGGCAACAAGUCUACAUCUCUGAAGGAAAAACUAAAAUCAGAAGAUGAUGCUGAGUCUCAUCUUAUUAGGUCAUCAACCCAUCUGGAGAAAGAAAUUACUAGUCUGAUAGGCACAACAAACUCCAUGGCUAAUGACUCUAUUACUGAAAACUUCAUUCCAGUGAAAAUUGGUAAUAUCUCAUCACCAAGUGCUACUGUUUCUUUAAUAGAUUUUUCCACUAACAUAGCAAAAGAAGAUAUUCUCUUGGAUGCCACUGGCCCAGGGAAUGAAUAUGUCUCUAUAACUUCUGAAGUCUCUGGCACACUGAAGGAUGGCACCGCCAGCAUUGUGGACACCCCUGCCCUUCCAGCUAAGAAGGAUGAAACCGAUGUUAACAAUUACAGUUCCCCAGUUAAAUCCAAUGUCACUGCUGAUGAGGCUGUCCAGAUCACUACCUCAUCUAUUCCUGAGGCUGAAAUCUCUUCUGCUACUGAAAAAGACUUCACCACUAUUCCAGAUAUAGCUGCCCUUACAGAAGAGAAAAUGACUGAAAUUGACCUCAACAUUCCAGAGGAUGACCCCAAUGCUGUGCCUAAACUAACAGAUUCUGAUGAGGAAAAGUUCAUCACUGUGUUUGAGCUCACUACCACUGUUGAAAGGUGCAAAGAUAACCCAGAAGAUGUUCUGAUAACUGAUGAAGAGUCUAUGGAUGAAGUCAAUGUUUGGAUGGAGAAAGAUAUUACAAAUGAAGCAGAGAACCAUCCCAUUUUGCUUACUGCUGUUGAAUCUAGAUAUGACUUUGUAGUCCCUACAUCAGUAGAUGUGAACCUCACGGAAGAUUCAUCUAUUACUACAAAAGAUCUGUCUGAAAAUAAUACAAUGGAAUCUGUAACUAAGGACAGUGAGCCACUUUCAAGAACUACCUCUGAUCUAGAUGCCCUAAGUCACGAGGACGAUGCUUUUACUACUGAAAUGGGUGUCUUUAAGCUACUGAAGGAAGAACCAGAUGAGUUCCUGAUUUGAAAGCAACAAAACAUAUGCCACAUAGACUUGAGUAAUAGCCUGGAAAGCUAGUUUUAACAUCUAAGAAGUUUGUUCAGCAAAAAUCUUAUUAAGUUAAAGAAUAUGAGAAUUUAAGGCAAGUAUUUAGACUCAGAAAAAUGCAGACGUUUAGCAAUAGAGGUCAUGCAGUAGAAUAUAUUUAUGGAAACUUAAAAACUCAAAUACAAGAGUUCCCCUUGUAUCAAAAGGUUUAAUUUAGUUAUCUAUUUACCUUAAUAUAAAAGUCUUUAAUCUCAGCCUUCAGGGAUAUGAAGAGAGAGCAAUAAAGAAAGCUCACUUCCUACUACAUUUAAUGAUGUAUGUCACUUUAGUUAACCCUGAAUAGCACAUUUUAGUGUGAGUUGAAGAGAACUGAAUUAACUUAUCUCAAAAAAAUUGUUGUAGUAUUAAAAGUUUUGAAAUGCUAAUUCUAAACAGAUUUUUUUCAUGCAACCAAUGAUUCUCUUCUAUUAAAAACUAUAUUUGCAAUAAUUAAGACUAUUCAGUAAUUGUUUAGCACCCACCUUUAAGAAAUGUAAGAAAUCUUAUAGGGUCCCUGGCUUGUGUUGGACGCAAACUAAGAAAAAAUGAUUAUUUCAUAAACAUGUAAAUUUGUCAGAAGCAAUAUUUUGUAUAAAUGUAUGAAUUAAUUUAAUUUUCUUUCUGUAAAAUUUCUUUCCUGAAUUUUUGUCAAUUUUUUCAGGUCUUAACCACUGAUAUCAUACUCUUCUUGUGCUUUUGGUUAGCAGUUGAAGGACAUGUAUCUUCAUUUUUUUUCUGUCACAGACUUUUAAAAUGGGUCUGUUUUCAUCUUGCUGAUUUUCCUUCAAUAAAUCUUUUGACAGCAACUGA